AUGGCGCCUCUCGUCCCCGUCUUUUCCGCAGAAACCCUGCACGAUCAUGUCAACAUCACCCAGCGCAAUUUUCAAGACAAGCGUCGCAAAGGCCCGGAGAUCAACCUCAAAGAGUGCGCGCUCCUCGAGAUGAUGCAGUACUCUUGCAAUCCGCCAUCAGGAGAAAUUCCACAACCGGGAGUGAUUACGUGCAAGCCGGUGGUGCGCUUGUUUCGACGUACUGAACUACUCUCGACAAGCUGCGCCGGCGGAUUGACGGUAGAAACGACAUCAUGGGAACGACUUGGACAAGAGGCAAACAAAACACAAAAUGCGGGCUCGAAAUCGUGA